GGACACGGACACGGGAUCUCCCUCUGCUCCUCGACAGGGCCGAGCCGCCUGCGCUGGCCCGAGAGCCCCCGGCACCCCCGGUCCCAUCAGUUAUGUGUUGCUUUUGCCCUGGAGCAGGAAGAUGUUUGUCCUUGCUGAGCUUCAGGAUUUAUUGUCACAUUGGACUCUCAAGCUGAGAAUCUAGUGAAGAAAGUCGUAUUAGGAACCUAAGAAAUAUGUCAUGGAAGAAUGUGUGUUAUUCAAACAUGAGCUGUGUUACAGUAAACCCUCUGGCUCAUAAUGCAGGCACUCUGUGGCCUGAGUUUUGUAUCCUGUGGAAGGUGCAGGAAGACUGAAGUCGCAAAUAUUUUUUUGUUUUAAUUAGCUCUUGUCUUGCACAUUUGCUGCUUUCCCCCACCCACCCAGUGGGUCAUUCUGUCACUGAGGGGCUCAGGGACCCUGUCAGCCUCUCCAGCAUUGUCACAGGAAAUGAAGGAACCUGGAUUGUGCCAAGACUUGGAGGUUCAGUGGAUAAUUCACAUUGGAGACACUUCUGAAGAUCUCUAGUCCAACAUCUGCCUCAAGGCAGGGCCGGCUGGGAGGUCUCAUGGCUUUGUCCAGCUGGGUCUUGAAAACUUCUGUGGAUGGAGAUGUACAACCUCUGGGCAACCUGCUCCGAUGUCUGAUGGGGAAAUAGUUCUCAUUUUAUUCAGUCUAAACCUCCCUCCUUUCAACUUAUACCUGUUGCCUCCCCUCCUUCUUCCGUGCUCUGCUGUGAAGAUCCCGGUCCAGCCUCCUCGAUGCCUGCUUGGAGCUAGGGGAAGGCUGCUGCCGGAUGCCUGCAAACCUCUCUUCUCCAGGCUGAACAAGCCUCUUUCCUGGAUCUCUUAUUCCAGGGCAUUCUCCACCGCCACCUGUCUCAGUGACAUCCUGCUGAGCUCGCUGGAGCAGGCACUGCUUGGCAGAUUUCUGCCAAGGCCUCACUCCCCUCCUGCCCUUGAUCCCUCUCUGAAACACCCACCAUAUCCCAUGUGCCCCUCGCCUCCAGCUGGGACCCAGAGGCUUUCCCAGGAUCCUCCCCAGGGCUCUGAACCUGGAAUAUCUUGUGCUUUGCCUGGUGUGUGCCUGUUACAAACACCGCACAGAGCCUGUGCCCGCAUGGGGUUUGGCUCAUUUAUUCCCCUCCACCUGGCAGUGAGAUUGUGAAAUGAGCAGGGCUUGGGUGUGAGAACUGCUGAAAUUCCACCUUGCCCUGGGAACCAUCUUCUGAGCUGAGAGCAGGAGGGUCUGAGUGGCUGAUUCUCUGUUCUGCUGGAAAUCGUGGAAUCCCAGACUGGUUUGGAUUGGGAGGGGCCUUAAAGCCCAUCCUGUUCCAGCAACUGCUGUGGGCAGGGACACGUUCCACUAGACCAGGCUGCUCCAACCUGGCAUUAAACACUCGCAGGGGUGGGGUAGCCACAGCUUCUCUGGGCAGCCUGUGCCAGUGCCAACAAAUUUUGCAUUUGUUUCCAGUGUUGAUUUCCUAAAGAAGAAGUGUCAGGGUUAAACUUUCACAAUUUUCACGCCUUUUGAUCUCCAGCUGGCAUAAAAAAGAAGCUUUGGCUUAGCAGCUUGGUCGUGGUUGGGAUGAUCAUAGAAAAGGCGUUUGCUCACUCCACAGAGCAUCUCAAACUCUGGAGUUUGGGGACAACUGUGAAAUAGUAGCACUCCCCAGGAAUGUUUUCCUUUUCAUUCUAAAGUCUUUCUUUUUUUUCUCUUUUUCAAGAAGAAAUGUCCAUCCUUUUCCUUCAUUUUGGUAAACAAGAGCGUAGCCAUAUGUGACACUGUUCCCAAACAUCACGGGGAUCCCUGCAGAGGCUGGUGGGGAGGGGGAGGGAUGUGCAGCUCCUCUGUUAGCGGAGGCUCCCGCUAUGUGGAGUUUGUGUUCUUGGUUUGUUUUAGGUCUAGGCCAUGUGAGAGCUGAGCUGGGAUGGAGCAUGACUCACACAGCCCUUGGGAAUUCAAUGGCUCCUUCUAUCAGCCUUCAGCUUUCCUCAUGAUGGGCAUCCCGGGCCUGGAAGCCCUUCACCCCUGGAUCUCCAUCCCUUUCUGUGCCCUCUACCUCACUGCUCUCUUGGGGAACUGCGUCAUCCUGUUCAUCAUCAGGAAGACCCAAAGUCUGCAUGAGCCCAUGUACUACUUCCUGUCCAUGCUGGCGGUCACUGACCUGGGCCUGGCUCUCUGCACCCUGCCCACCACCCUGGGCCUCUUUUGGUUCAAUGUGCGCAGGAUUGGCUUCGACGCCUGCCUCACCCAGAUGUAUUUCAUCCACAUCCUGUCCUUCAUCGAGUCCUCCGUGCUCCUGGCCAUGGCCUUUGACCGCUUCAUUGCCAUCUCCCACCCCCUGAGACACCCAUCCAUCCUGACCAAAACCAUUGUCCUAAAGAUAGGCCUGGCCAUCGUGCUGAGAGGGAUGGUCUCGCUCCUUCCCAUUCCCUUCCUGCUCAAGAGACUGACCUACUGCGGCAAGACGGAGCUUUCCCACUCCUUCUGCUUCCAUCCUGACAUCAUGAACCUGGCAUGUGCAGAUAUAAAGGUCAAUGUCUUCUACGGGAUGAUCAUUCUCUUAUCCACGGUGGGGAUGGACUUCAUCUUCAUCGUGCUGUCCUACAUCCUCAUCAUCAGAACCGUCGUCAGCCUCACCACCAAGGAGGAGUGUCUGAAGGCUUUGAACACCUGUGUCUCCCACAUCUGUGCUGUCCUCGUGUUCUUCAUCCCCAUGAUCGGACUGUCCAUGAUCCAUCGCUUUGGAAAGAACGUUCCUCCCCUCGUUAACACCUUGGUGGCCUACACCUACCUCAUCAUUCCCCCUGCUCUCAACCCCGUUAUCUACAGCAUAAAAUCCACCCACAUGCGGGAGGCCUUGCUCAGGGCCCUGCGCAGGAAGCGUGGAUCUGACUGGUAGUUUCCUCCACCAGUUCUGCCAGAAGGUGCUGAUGGACUGGGUUGUGUGUCAGACCUCUGGGGCUGGGUUCUCUGUCACAGCUCUGGGGCUGGUUUCUCAAUCAGAGCUCUUGGCCUGGUUUCCCAGUCAGAGCUGGUGGACUGGUCUCUUGGUGCUCCAUCCAUGCAGGUCACUGCCAGAGGAAAGAACGGCAGAUCCACUGGGAUGCUGUCCCCCAACCCAGAGCUGUGAACUCUCAUGUUCUGUCCUAGCAUGGUGCUUUCCUGCCUUCCUGCAGACACCCCCAGAUUAAGGAUCCAUCCAGGCUGGGCACAGAGCAUUCCUCACUGGGUCCUGUUGAGGGACCCAGGGUGCUCUCAGCCCUUCUCAGCCAUCAUCCAUGUGUCUGGAGUGCUGUGCCCAUCCCCAGUCAGAAAACAGCUGCUUUUGCAUCUCUUGUGGAUGUUUUUGAGUCUUACCAGCUUGCCAAGUCUAAUUAAUGUCCCAGUCAUUGCUCUGCAUUGAAUGUCACGUAUGUGCAGCAUCCACAAUAAAAUCCAUCUAUUCGUUGUGAAAGGUCGUGAGAUUUGACGAAGCCUUUUUU